UUGUUUCUUACCUUUAAACCAACAUUGUUUCACACAAACAUACAAGCUCAUAAAGGAUCGUAUUUUAAGGAUUCUGUUUUAUUAUCGUUUGAGAUGAUUAAAGACGCUGGAUUCGAGCAUGUUAUAAAAUAUUUUGACGAAGAUGGUGAUGGAAAGGUUUCACCAGCAGAGCUACGACAGAAGCUGAUACUGAUGGGAGAGGAUGUUUUGUUGAAAGAAGCUGAAAUGGCUAUUGAAGCAGUGGAUUCAGAUGGCGAUGGUUAUUUGAGUUUGUCGGAGUUGAUUAGUUUGAUGGAGGAAGGUGGAGAGGAAGAAAAGUUGAGGGAUUUGAAAGAGGCAUUUGAGAUGUAUAAUGAUAGUGAUAAGUGUGGCUUUAUAACACCAAAGAGUUUGAAGAGGAUGUUUAAGAAGAUGGGUGAGUCCAAAUCUAUCAAUGAAUGUAAAGCUAUGAUUAAACAUUUUGAUUUGAAUGGGGAUGGUGUGCUUAGCUUUCAUGAGUUCACAAUUAUGAUGCAGUGAUGUCAUAUUAUAGUUCAUCUUUUCAUUCCUAUUCUCAUUCAUUUACGUGUAAAUAUUCUUGUAGAUUUUAUUACCACAUUAAAUGAAAAGGAGAAUAUAAAAGAGAGCAACAUACCUAGUAAAAACCAUAGUUAGACAAGGUAAUGUAAUAUUUUAUUACCACAAUUGUGAUCGAGGAAUAUUUUAAGUUUUGAUAUUGACA